AUGAGCGAUGAUAAAAGCACUAAAGAAUCCGAGACAACGGAAGUAAAGACAGAAGGAGUGACAGCAUCAGAACCCAAAAAAGAAUCCGAAGCUUCCGUGAAAGGCGAUGAGCCCAUGACGGAAGUCAAAAAGGAGGAAGAUGCAAAAACGGCAGAAGAGGAUCGCAAGAAGAAAGAAGAAUUAAAGAAGAAAUAUGCCAACUGGCCGCUAAAAGGAAUUAAAGAUCCUCAUGAGAACGAUGUCAUGUACGGCCGAGGUGGAGGUACAAACCAUCACUCGGGAAACAAGCAAUAUCGUAAAAUGGUAGAAGACCGCAAAUUGGAAUAUGUCAAUAGCAAGCGUCUCGACAAGCCACUGGUCGCUUUGGAGAUUAUCCGUAUCUGGAGAGGUCAAGUGCCACCUGGUCGAUUUUUGAAAUUAGACGAAAAGACCGGCCUUUGGAAUGAUGUCGGCGACAAAAAGGCUAGAGAAAAGACCAGUCAAGCAUUGCGAGAAAAGGCACCUUUGAUUCGCAAGCAACAAGAAGAUGAAAAGGGCGAAGACGAAAAGAGUCCUAAGGCUGCCGAUGCCAAAGUGACACGUUUUGCAGCCGGAACAAAGACCGAAUCGAGCAAGGCAGAAAAGCCAGUUCUUGCCCGAGAUCACAGUCUUGGCCGAGAAUAUCUCCAGGAUGGAGAAGCUGUUUCGGUCGAGGGGUUUUCUUGGAGAGAUCCAUUCUUGGCGGACAGUGGCAAGCGAACACCAUCCUUUGGAUCAGCUGCUUCGCCAAUGGCGGCUCCAGCAGCUCCUGGAGCGUAUCCACCUGCUGGUCGCCACAGCAGUAGUGGCAGUUUGGGAAUUGCCCCACCCCACCAUGGUGGACCACCGCCGCCACCAGACUAUUACGGACGUGUUGGUAGUAAUCAACUCCGAGAGUAUUCCACGGGCAGAAUUGAAAGUUGGGGCUCAUUCCCUUAUCCACCUCCUCCGCCACCCCCUGCGGUCCAUGGACUCACCCAUCAACGUUCCGGAAGCUGGACCUACAAUCAAACUCCGCCUCCUGCCAUGCCAGGACACCAGCGGUCGGGGAGCUGGGGUGGACGGGAACAUUCUCUUGCUUUCAACCCUCUAAUUGGUGCUUCAGUAGCUCUUCCGGCUGACCAAAGAGCCUUCGAGCCUCGUCCUGGGCCACCACAACAAUACUGGGCUACUGGACAGUACCGAUCACCUCCACGUCAAUUGUCUCCAGCCAAUAGUACUCCAAGUCCCAAGCCAACCUACAAUGUAAAUAUGGAUAUUGCACGCACGUGGUCGGGCGGAGCAGAGGGAAAUCCCAGACCAGGCUGGGUGGACCAACAAAAUAAGCCAAUGGCGUACAGCCAACCCGUUCCAGUUCCAGGUGCCGGUGACAUUAGUCCAAUGAGAAACAAUGCCGGGUACAUGCCCAAGCCACAAAUGGUCAAGCGUGACACCUCACAUCAAGCAGAGAGUUCAGAAACCAAGCACCAGGUCAAGAGAGCGGCUCUCAACCGCGAUAAUAGUAUGGCAUCGAAUCGUCUCAAGGCACAAUACAUGCCCGAAUACUACAAUGGCCAAUUCAAUUCGGAUCAUGAAGUCAAGAAGUUGAGUGAUAACUUGGAGCAAUCGCAACUCAGUCCCAAACGGUCAGAACCUCCAGUGGCCCCCAAGCCUGAAUCUUUAAAGGAUUCCAACCGUUUGACCACUUUGGAUAUUAAUGAGCUCAUGGCCAAGCCAGAGCCUUUGUCGACCCGUACCACGACGAUGGAAGCCCUUGGCAUAGAUUUGGAAAAUGAGCCUAUGUUUGACAGCCCCAUUGAAGGUGGUUCCAAUAUUCCACGACCAAAUGUCAUGACGACUGACAAUCGAUUGACGACCACGGAAAUUUACGACCUGGUCAAUGCCGACCCGGCAGAUUUGGUCAAGGGCAGCGAUGGUCCACCUCCCUUGAAUCAAGAAAGCGUUGCUGAUAAUUGGUUGACGCAAUCAUAA